GAGAAGAAAGGGACAAAAGCUGGACCAAAAAUAACUUCUCUCUUGCAGAGCUUCUCAAACAUCAUCUUUUAUAUUUGACCACGCUCUUCGUACAGCGGUGUGUGUGGACAGAGGAUGCUGCUCGGAUGAGUAUCUGCGUGCAGCGCUGGCAGCAGACCCAGCUCACCGACACACAUACAUAUACACACACUCACACACAUACACACACACACACACAGUUGAGGGCCGGGUGGAAGUGGAAAUCGGUAGCCCUGCCGGAGGUGGCACAGCGACAACUAACGUUAACCUACACCGAAAUUGGACGAGGCUUGUGAGGAAUAAUGUAUCAGCUUCCAGUUGGAAAUAUUGAGAAGGUCCGAAAGGCUCGCAAGGCGGUGAAAAACAUCCUUGGCGAGAUCGGACUGGAAGACUGCCAAAACCUGUUGAAGGAACUCAAUGAAAAAUCGGAGAAGGACUCUGAAGAAGAUGAGGCCUUUAAGGAAACUGAGUGGUUUGAUUUCACAGAUGGAUUUAAUGGCAGAAUGGAGAAAAAGUGGCCUUAUCGGUCUCGAUCUCUGUGCUGCAGUCUGUGCAAGUACUCUUCCCAAAACAUCUACAACUUCAGGAGCCACGUCUCUCGCUGCCACGGAUAUGUGCAGUCAUUCUGUGCGCUGGCACCCUGCUCCCAGUGCCUCUUCAUCGGACACCCAAAGUCUCUCAAGAAACACAUGAUGUUCUUCCAUGCCUCCUACAUACAGCCGCAGAGAGAAGCGCCUCAACCCACCCAUCGUGGAAAUGAACGGUAUCAGUGUCGAAGAUGUGGAUUUCCAGCCUCCUCUAUCUUCACGAUGAAGAAGCACAUCAUUCUCAAGCACCUGGCCGGUAUGGCCGAACAGUAUAUCGGUUACAGAUCACACCUUCAAGGGACCACGUCCCUAAGAGUGUACUGUUGCAAGGUGUGCAAGGUGAACACUGGAAACUUGGACCAAAUGUUGCAUCACAUGCUGGUUGAGCCGUCGCACUAUUCAGUCAGCACACAAGUACAGAGUAUGAUUUAUGAGAACAAGAACUACACCAUUAAAGCAACGCCUAAUGGGAAUGGGGUGUUUGUGACAUUCCCAAGUAUUGCUCCUAAACCACAGCAACCUCAAAUGUUUAACAGUAAGUCCUUGGUUUUGCCAAGUAAUGGACAACCUGCUGGGACUGUGGUGGCAUUACAGCAAUUACAAGGAACUACAAACAGUACCACUACUCUGAUCUGUGCCCCCGGAACCAACCAAGCUUUUCUGCCACCUCAAGCGUCAGCGCUAGUGCAGCUAGCAAGUGCUGAAGCUAAAGGUUUGCUCCAGCCCGGUGCCACGAUCGCCCUCCGAAGUGCUUUACCCCAAGGACCAUCUAUGGUCCAGCUUCCCACGGUGUCAAACAUGUCUCUGAAACAGGCACCUGUGGCUCUAGCUCCGUCUGCAACUCUAGCUCCGUCUGCGGCACUAGCUCCGUCUGCGGCUCUAGCUCCGUCUGCAGCUCUAGCUCCGUCUGCAGCUCUAGCUCCAUCUAUCCAACCACAACAGACUCCACAAAGGCAACAAAUUCUCCUCCCAUCAGGACUGCAGGCCAACAUUGCAGCUGGAACUGGAGCUGUAUCUCAGCCUGCUGUGGUGACACAAAAUGUACCAACGAACCAAAUCGCCCUACCGGGUACGAUGCUGACAUCACAGUCCCUGCUGAGUCACCUGAUCCCGACUGGCAACAAGAUGAAUGGCAUGCCCACAUACACUUUUGCUCCGCUGCAAGUAGCAAUGCCUGUCUCUCAGAGCACAAAUACUCCUCUCAAGGCUGUAGAGCAAACAAGGAACUCUGCACCACAAACUAAGAAAUGGAUUACCUGUCCCCUCUGUAAUGAACUCUUCCCCUCCAACGUCUUUGACAUGCAUACGGAGGUCGCACACCAGGCAAAAUCCGCCACAUCCAAGUCAGAAAGCGUUGCGGCCCGAGCGGCAUUCUUAAAGAAAAUGCCCGACAAAACUGUCAAAUGUCUAACAUGCAAAAUUUUACUAUCAGAAAAAAGUGUCUUCCAACACCUGCUGCAUGGCCUGAAUUGUUUGUAUUGCUCAGCUUUGUUCUUUUCAAUCAAGCAGCUUGCUGAGCACGUAAAGCAGCACAAUCCCACAAGCAAAGCGUACUGUGAUUUCCUGAGGCAGAAGUACAGGGUCUAUUCUAAGGGUGUUGGAGGUAUCCUCUUCCCUUACUUUGACGUUCACACCACCGCACCAAAAGAGGUCCUAGGAGACACUGAGGUCAAUCUGGCCUUGGUCACAAAUUCCCUUGACCUAAUCUUCUUUAAGUUGCAGCCCAGCAGCCAGCCAGAAAUCUGCCCAGCACCUGUGAAAAUCAACAGUGCGUAUUGUCCCUUCUGUGAUGAAAAGUUUCAGAAUGAAUCCAAACACCUCCAGCACCUGAAGCAAAAACACUUGGUAGCGCCCACCAUUCAUGCUAUCCUCAAGACCGAGGCUUUCAAGUGCAUAUAUUGCAACGGUGUGUACACAGGAAAGGUCACCCAGCAGGCAGUCAUGCUCCACAUCCAGCGAUGCCGAUGUUCACCAAAACCACCACAACCACCCAAACCUGCAGUAGCACCACUGCAGCAGCCAAAACUGGCUCCGCAACUCAGUCAGCCACUCUAUUUUCUUCAAAUGCCACAAGGGCUGACGAUGAAACAAACUUUAGCUCCGGCUCGUCUGAUUCCAGCUGCGCCACCCCGUGCAGAGACUCCAGAGACAGAAGCGGAAAAGCAGUCCAAGAAGAGGCUGGAGGCUGCAUGGAGGGAGGUGAUUGAGGCCAACAAACGGGAGCGAGAACAAAAGGAGGCUAUGCGCAAGAAGCGAGAGCAGGAGAAGUUGUUGCCCCAGCCAGAGCCAGUGAUUCAUAUCGAUCCCAUGGUGAAGCUGGUGUUGGAGCCCACCACGGUGGAGCGCCGCUGCAGCGAGGAGCGCAGAGAAUUUAUAUCUAAGUACUUCAACCUGAACCCAUACGCGACUAAAGCAGAGUGCGAAGAGCUGUGCAAGAGGCUGAACCUCACCAAAGCAGAGUUGGCAGCCCUUUUCAGCAAGAAGCGCAGCAAGUGCAUGAAGAGUCUCAAGAGGAACUCGGCUGCCAUCCUCCUCGGCUUCAACAUGACAGAACUGAACAAACUCAAGCACAAUCUCUUGAUCCCUGAGCAGCAGCCACCUGCAGAUAUCGUAGAGGAGCAUUCUGACGACACCACAGAGCAGCAUCCUGCCGAUCCAACAGGACAACCGCCCUGUGAUACUAUGAAGCAGCUGCCUGCCGAAACCAUGGAGCAGCCACCUGCUGACCCAAAAGAACGGCUGCCGACUGAUACUAUGGAGCAGUCGCCCACCGAUACUAUGGAGCAGUCGCCUGUCGAUACCACAGAUAAGCUGCCUGCUGAUCCGACGGAAAAACCGCCCGCCGAUGCAACAGAGCAGAUGGAGCACAGUGAGGAUGGACCAGAGCCGAUGGAUGAAAGUGGAAAUGAGAAAGUUGCAGAUGGGGAACAGGUGGAGCAGAUGGAAAGUUAAGAAAUUAGCAAAAUAAUGCAAAUGCAGAUAUCCCUAAUUAAAAACACACAUACUCUAACAAUGGCCUUUUGUGUUGACAGAGAGAAUCUCAUCAUGCAGUGCAUACAAUGUAUUACCUAACGUACCUGUAAGUGAGGACAGUCUCUUAAUGUAGCCUGCAUCAAUAGUGCUUUGUUUGACUCCAGUAUGUUGUCAGUGGUCUGUAUCCGAAUUUCCACAUAAACACAGAGAACAUAAUGAAAAAAACAGAUGUAUUGUUUGUGAGAUAUGAUGGUGUCAAACUGUUGAGCUGCUGGUUACAAUCUCAUUUAACAAUGGCUACUGACUUUGACUCAAGCACUGAUUUGCUCCUUUUUUUUUUGCACCCUUCAUUUAAGCCUAUUUGUAAAAAUAGUGAUUUCUACAUCAUCGCUUGUCUGCUAAGAUUAAGACUUCAAGGCAUAGUUCAGAAUUUUUUCAGGUGUGGUUAUAUGAGGUACUUCUUCAAGGUUAGUGUAUUACAAACAGUGGAUGGCGGUCGGCAUGCCCCCAGUUUGGAAAAGCAGGCUGGAGUCCGACAUGGAAGCUAAACAAAAUCAACAUCAGUUUAAGUGUUUUCACUGCUUUUUCUUAAUGUCAGACUUUGUGGGAAAAUGAAGCCAUCAUAUAGCUAUCUUCAAAGCCAGAAUCCAUUGAGAAAAACAGUGAUUUAACAUCGCUGAUCACAGGAGGUGCUGGCCUACCGCUGCCUCUACCAGAUAGCUUGUUUGUGUUUAAGUGUGACUUUAGGAUUUGAUCAAUUUGGUUGUUUUUUGUUUGUGUUAUUAAGUGACUGGUGAAUCCAGACUAAUUAUUUCAAAGCAGCAGCGGACCAGCAGCUCCUAUUUCAAUAAAGGGAAAUCUUAAACUGAUAAAGUUUUUUUUUUUUUUUGGGGGGGGGGGGCUAAAAUAUGAUUUGUUGUUGGCUACUCCUCCACAUUAGUACACAGACUAGGGGCAAGAGACUGACAUCUACUGUAUGUAAUAGACUGACUGAAGUAACCCAUACAACCCCACCUCAAAAAAAA